CGACCUUCGAUGUCGUUUUGCCCGAAAAUGAGGAUGUUAAGGCAUACCAAAGUCCUCCACUGGCUUUUAAGUUUAAAAUAAUGAAAGUAAAAGAAAUAAAUAUGGUAGAACUAAAUCGUUGGUUAGAAGGAAAAUCAAAGAUUAGUAAUGACAUUCUGAAAGCUAUAAAUGUGCUAAGUGUACUUAGCCGCCAUGGUCCAUUACUGGAUCAAAAUUUUACUUCCAUUGGUCGCACACUUUACACAUCCGAAAAUUCUCAGGCCAUUGUUGGGGGAGCUGAAGGACAGCACUACAUGGAGAGACUUGAUGAAAAACAGACAGCACAGAUGGUUAAAUAUGCAACGGAAUAUCGAGCUCAUAAAAUUAAUCAAGGAAUUAAUUUACUGAAUUAUCAUGAAAACAAGCAAAUGCAAGAGUUUAGAAUAGGGGUUUCUAAUAAAAUGGUUGUCACGCCAGCUCGUGUAUUGCCCGCGCCUGUCAUAAAUUAUCAUGUUUCCUCUAAGGAAUCGUCGAUCACACCCAGAGAUGGGUCUUGGAACAUGCAGGAUAAGAAAGUUGCUAAUGGUGUGACUCUUGGCUCAUGGUCUGUAAUUUCUUUUAGAAGUGGACGGGACUUACCGCCUAUAAUAAUCCAACGUUUUAUUCGAGAGCUAGUCAGUACUUGCUCUGACGCUGAAAUGAACAUAAUAGAUAUAAAUCCCCCAGUUACUUAUGCAGAUACUUCAGAAGAAUCUGUGAGACAGGCAUUCAUUCGCGCUGAACAAUCAUCUAAACAAAAAACCCAAUUGAUUCU